AUGAAGAUAAUAAACAUAUAUUACCUCGCAGCUAUCGCGACGAACCUAUACUACACAGUCGCAAAUGGCUACGAAGAGGCCGAUUUACCAAUUAUUAAUGAGGAGGACACAUUUUACAAUAACACACCAAAUAUAGAAACAAUCUACUUUGGAACAUAUAAACCAACAAAACAACAGAUAUAUGUCGCUAAAACAAGUAUCGCCGAUCAAGAUAGUAGAGAAACGGUUAAGAAACUUGUAGAUAUACUCAGGGAAUCAACCACCGCAAACAAAGAAGAAGAGGGCAGUAUAGAAGAUUUCACAAACGAAUUCGAUAAUGAACCGGUCGCCGAUGCAGCUUUCGGGAUAUCAGAAGAUGAAAGCCAUUCUCUACUCAGAAGCCCCGAAUAUAUCGCAUUCUGCAGGGACAAAGAUGUACAAAACAUAAUCAGAAACAACCCAAUGAUACUGGAAGAACAAUAUAAUGUGCAGAUCAUCGGAAAACACAAAGAAAUAACAAACAAUGAUAUCGUAUCGGAUUUUAAAGAUGCACAUACAGUCGAACAAAGUAUGAGAUAUAUCAUUGCAAAAAUAUGUGUAGGACCACUACCAGCUGCAUGCCAAAAUGUAGCUACACAAACUUAA